AUGGCUGAGGGAAGCUACCGCAUGGAAUCAGAAACCUACAACGUUGAAGACAUGGAUGAGGGUAGCGAUGAAGUCGGGGAGGAAGAGAUGGUUGAAGGAAAUGACUAUGAAGAAUUUGGUGCUUUUGGAGGCUAUGGCACCCUCACCAGCUUUGACAUCCGUAUCCUCAGAGCCUUUGGGAGCUUGGGUCCAGGCCUUCGCAUCUUAUCGAAUGAGCCCUGGGAACUGGAAAACCCUAUGCUAGCUAGGACUCUGAUGGAGGCAUUUCAGCUGGAUCCAGAAACACUUGCCAAUGAGGCUGCUGCCCAUGCUGUCAACGUAGCCCGCGCAGCCGCCUCCAAUCGUGCUGCUAGGGCCGCUGCUGCUGCUGCCCGUGCCACCUACAAUCAGGUGGUCACUAACCGCCCAGUGGCCACAGACCAGGGUUCAGGAGAAGAUACCCAGCCCAUGACCUAUGCGGCCCAGGCUCAGGCAGCCACCCCUGAGACCACCCUUGCUGCUCCACACAUCUCCCAGAUGCUAGUCACCAGUGAGAUGGCCACCCCAGGGGCUCCAGCAAAGUCCACACAGCCCCAGACAGGCUCCCAGGCCCAGGAGGCUGCUACUGAGGGUCCUAGUGCUGCCUGUGGUUUCUCUCAGGCUCCGUGUGCCAGUGAGAUGGAUGCCACCCGGCCCAAGACAGCCUUCCUGGGUCAGAACGAUCUCUUUGAUUUCACCCAGCCGGCAGGUGUCAGUGGCAUGGCCUUCUCCCGCUCCAAGAGGCCCGCCCCGGCCCAAGAGGCUGCCACAGAGGGCCCCAGUGCUGCUUCCGGGGUGCUCCAGGCAGCACCUGCCAGGGAGGGGGCAGCCACCCGGCCCAAGACGACCAAAUCUGGAAAGGCUCUCGCCAAGACCCGGUGGGUGGAGCCUCAGAAUGCUGUGACAGCAGCUGCUGCCAAGACCAAGAUGGCCACGAGCAUCCCUGAGCCUGAGGGUGCAGCUGCCCCUGCCCAGCACAAUGCUGAGCCCUGGGUCAGGAUGGGAGGCAAGAGGACCAAGAAGUCCAAGCACCUGGAUGACGAAUAUGAGAGCAGCGAGGAGGAGAGAGAGCCUCCUGCGGUCCCACCGACCUGGAGACCAUCGCAGCCUCCGAUGACAGUGCGGGCUCAUAUGGUUCCCCGGCCACCGAUGGCCCUGAGGUCCCAGGUACCCUCAAGACAUGUCCUGUGCUUGCCACCCCGCAACGUGACCCUUCUGCAAGAGAGGGCAAAUAAACUGGUGAAAUAUCUGAUGAUUAAGGACUACAAGAAGAUUCCCAUCAAGCGCUCAGACAUGAUGAAGGAUGUCAUCCGAGAAUACGACGAACAUUUCCCUGAGAUCAUUGAACGAGCAACGUACACUCUGGAAAAGAAGUUUGGGAUCCACCUGAAGGAAAUUGACAAGGAAGAACACCUGUACAUUCUCGUGUGCACACGUGAUUCCUCAGCUCGUCUCCUGGGAAAGACCAAGGACACCCCCAGGCUGAGCCUCCUGUUGGUGAUUCUGGGAGUCAUUUUCAUGAAUGGCAACCGUGCCAGCGAGGCUGUCCUCUGGGAGGCACUACGCAAGAUGGGACUGCGCCCUGGGGUGAGGCACCCAUUCCUUGGCGAUCUGAGGAAGCUCAUUACAGAGGACUUUGUGAAGCAGAAGUCUGCCUGGCUGGAAGCAAACGUUUCCCUUCCUCUUGCCCUGAGGUACCUGGAAUACAAGAAGGUCCCCAAUAGCAGCCCACCCGAGUAUGAGUUCCUCUGGGGCCUGCGAGCCCGCCACGAGACCAGCAAGAUGAGGGUGCUGCGAUUCAUUGCCCAGAAUCAGAACCGAGACCCCCGGGAGUGGAAGGCUCAUUUCCUGGAGGCUGUGGAUGAUGCAUUCAAGACGAUGGAUGUGGAUAUGGCUGAGGAGCAUGCCAGGGCCCAGAUGAGGGCCCAGAUGAAUAUCGGGGACGAAGCUCUGAUUGGACGGUGGAGCUGGGACGACAUACAGGUGGAGCUCCUGACCUGGGAUGAGGACGGAGAUUUUGGCGAUGCCUGGGCCAGGAUUCCCUUCGCUUUCUGGGCCAGAUACCAUCAGUACAUUCUGAAUAGCAACCGUGCCAACAGGAGAGCCACUUGGAGGGCUGGUGUCAGCAGUGGCACCAACGGUGGGGCCAGCACCAGCAUUCUCGAUGGGCCCAGCACCAGCUCCACCAUCCGGACCAGAAAUGCUGCCAGAACGAGUGCCAACUUCUUCUCCUGGAUCCAGUAA